GCGGGGAGCGCAGUGCCGGUGCUCCCUCCGCUCCCGGUGCUCCCGCCGCUCCCGGUGCUCCGCGUCCCUCUGCCGCCCCGCGUCUCGUCGCCGACACCCCGCCACCAUGGAGGCCAUCAAGAAGAAGAUGCAGAUGCUGAAAUUGGACAAGGAGAAUGCCAUCGACCGCGCCGAGCAAGCGGAGGCUGAUAAGAAGCAGGCGGAGGAUCGCUGCAAGCAGCUGGAGGAAGAACAGCAGGGCCUGCAGAAGAAGCUGAAGGGCACUGAGGAUGAGGUGGAGAAGUACUCCGAGUCUGUCAAGGAGGCCCAGGAGAAGCUGGAGCAGGCCGAGAAGAAAGCUACAGAUGCUGAGGCUGAAGUGGCUUCCCUCAACCGCCGUAUCCAGCUGGUAGAGGAGGAGCUGGACCGCGCCCAGGAGCGUCUGGCCACUGCCCUGCAGAAGCUGGAGGAAGCUGAGAAGGCGGCUGAUGAGAGCGAGAGAGGCAUGAAGGUCAUCGAAAACAGGGCCAUGAAGGAUGAAGAGAAGAUGGAACUCCAGGAAAUGCAGCUGAAGGAGGCGAAGCACAUAGCAGAGGAGGCUGACCGCAAAUAUGAGGAGGUUGCCCGCAAGCUGGUCGUUCUUGAGGGAGAGCUGGAACGCUCCGAGGAGAGGGCAGAGGUGGCGGAGAGCCGAGUGAGACAGUUGGAAGAAGAGCUGCGGACCAUGGACCAGUCUCUCAAAUCCCUCAUUGCCUCAGAGGAAGAGUAUUCCACCAAGGAGGAUAAGUACGAGGAGGAAAUCAAGCUUCUAGGGGAAAAGCUGAAGGAGGCUGAGACCCGGGCGGAGUUUGCCGAGAGGUCUGUGGCGAAGCUGGAGAAAACCAUUGAUGACCUAGAAGAUGAAGUGUAUGCGCAGAAGAUGAAGUACAAAGCCAUCAGCGAGGAGCUGGACAAUGCACUUAAUGACAUCACCUCCCUCUGAGCCCCACGCUGGGCACCAGCACUGCACCUGCUCCCUGCCUGUCACUCCCCAGCUCGGCUGUUUGCCUGCCUGGCCAUCCCACCUCUCUCCCUACCCUCUCUGUCCUCCUCUGUCCUACCUAGCCUGUGCCUGUCCAUCAGCUCCUUUGGGACAGGAGCUGACCCGGGGUGUUCCCGCUGUACCCCUCUUUGGGGAGACAAGGUGUAGGUGCUUAGAGCUGUUUGUUCAGGGCAGGAGAGCAGCCCCACAUACUGACUGGACAGUGUAGUUGUAGGCCCAUGCCACAGCAUUGCCCUGGGGAUCAGGACUGUGCCCAGAAGCCCUUUGUUCCAGCAGCUCCCUCCUUGGCUCCCCAGCAGCAGAAGCACUGGGGACCCUGCAGCUCCAGGGCUUGGGGGCCAUUUCCCCCCCCAUAUACUUCCAGCAAAGUCCCCUGGUGCUGCUUGCUGGCCCCAGCAUGGGGAUGACCUGCAUUGGGGAAGCGGCACCUCCACUGCCAAAGCUCAGGCCUGGGGGAUAGAGGGUUGGAUCCAACUGUGCAGACACCUUGUUCCCCGGCAGGCAGGCGACCCUCACUCCUCCCUCACCCUUCUGUCCUUUGCACAUUGCUCUUCAGUUUGCAUCUCAUGACUUUUCUUUUGUGUUCUGUCCCUCUGGGUUAAUGAAUUGAUAUCAAUAAAAUUGUAACAUUGGUUUCUCCUUUGUUUUCUUCAUGUCACUCUGUCCCUCAUCUCCUGCCUGUCUCAUGUGGGUGCUGUCAGCAAUGUGGUAGGAGGUGGUUGCAGACAGCUCACAGCCACGGGCCCCCCAGGCUGACUAUGGCUGAGACCCAAGAGGCUCCCAUGCUGCCAGGCUGAGUGGGAUGGGGCCAUUGUGCUGACCCUUACCAUCCCCUGACUCUCGUACGCAGCUUUCCCCAUCUCAUGCCAUCUUCUCCAUGAGUCUUUUGGUGUGAAAUGUCAGGGUUAGACCUGGUCCUGUCCAUUCCCUGUCUCUACUCUCAGACAUUGCCUACAAGCAGCAAUCUCAUCCCUGUCAUAACUCCUGCAUCACCUUCUCUUGGUGAAGAGGCUCAUGCUACCCUUCAGUACUGAUCUCUUGUGAUCUCUAAAUUGGUCUUGAUCCACCUCCUCCUUCCUCACCACCCUACCCUGUCCCAGAACCCAGUUUCCAAAUUGGUGGACCUACAGCCUUGUCCCUGCACAAAGACUGGCUGCCUCCUGCCAGUCCAGCUGUAUCCCACCACUGGCUGGGUGGCUUGUGGUGUUUCCAGUGAAGGCUUUCAGGAAUGCUGUCUCUUUUCACUAACUCACUUUUUUCUCUCUCUUUCCUGUGCUGCGUUGAUGUCUCUCCAUUUUCUCUAGAGCGCUCUCAGCAGGAGGCCGAGAAAAACCGUGUUCUCACUAACGAGCUGCGGGUCAUCCUUACUGAACUUAACAACUGAGCUGCCCAGAGCUCCUGGCCCCGGCCCAGCCUCCCUGCCCCAUUUUGGCCAGGCUGGCUCCAGGCUGGGAGCCCCUCCCCGCUGGGGUGAGGCAGGGUGUGAAGCCUUGCCUUAUCCUCAUAGGGGUAACUACCCUGAUUGGGCAGGACAGGGCGCCCCUCUGGAGUUGAUCAGUUUUUGUGGGAGAGAUAUGAAAGGUUUUGGGAUGUUCCGGGAUGCCCAUGUAGUCAUGGAUGUCCUCUGGCAUCAUCCUGGCUCUGCUGGGGAGGGAUGUGGUGGUUUGUACUGCUGCCUUCCUCCCCUUGUCCUGCGAGUCAGUGGGCAGCCUCUUCCUCCUCACUCUGGUCACCCCAAAUUGUGCAGGAUGGAUCCCCUUAGAAAGAGGUCCUUGGAGGGUGCUGGGAAGGUUGGGAAAAGAGCUGGGGAUCCAGCAGCACCUGCUGCCCCAAACUUGGGACAGGGAAGAGGCUAGCAGGGCACACUGGGAGAUGGGGCUGGGUGGACAGCAGUCUUGUUCCAUUCCUGUCUCUGGGGGAAGCAGGAUGCCAUUUGGAAGUGAACACCAGAGGGAGGCUGCCUUGGCAGAAGGCUGCCUGGCAGAGCUUAUCCUUGUAGCCUUGUUAGCUCUGCUCCUUAUCUCUGUUGUCCUCUGCCCACUCUCCUGGGCUGUUCAUGGGCUGCUUUCUCACUUCUUUUCUUCACGGAGCACUGCUGGGUCAUGCAGCAGGCAUUGGUUCUCCGCUUCUGCUGGCCAAGGGUCUGUGCACAUGCCUGCAGCUGGCCAAUGGUGAUGCCCCAGUGUCUGGCCAAAUAAUGGUACUCGCCAGUGGCACCUGUGCUGCAGAGUGCUCAGCCACGGGCAAUGGGGCAACCUGGGAAGAUGGAAAUGCUGAAGAGUGGUAACUGCCUGUCCCAGUGACCAGUGUGACUGGCCUGGCUUCCCUGGCAGAUCCCAGAAUGGCCGGACUCAUCCCUGCCAGAAAUGGGGCUACCUGUGUGGACUAUGCUCCACAGGGGACGCCCUGUUUGACUGGGGGCUGUUGCUGUACUGAAAUGUCCAUCUGUGUGUGUGUGUGUGUGUGUGUGUGUGCUUGUGUGGUGUGUGUGCAUCCCGCUGCACCUGGGUACAUUUGGUUUGUGUCUGUGUGCGUGGCUGGGUGUCCCUUGUAUUCACAGAGAGCCUGGCCAGUGCCAAAGAGGAGAACGUGGGGAUACACCAGGUCCUGGACCAGACCUUACUGGAGCUGAACAACCUCUGAGCUGCCCUCGCAAGCCCCUAUCCCUUUUCCCUACCCAACACAUGCACCCCACUGGCAUGCUCAGGAUGCGGUCAUCGGCUGAACUGCAUCUUGGCCAAACCCACACCUCCAUUGAGAAGGGAAGCUCAGCAGCCUUGCACUGUUGCUCAAGGGGAUCUUGUUUGUGCACAGCCUAACUGGCUCUGUCCUGUCUUUAUGUCCAAAUAUUAAAGCAGUUUGACAAGA